AUGGGUGAUCAAGAGAAAUCCAUUUUCGAAAACUUGAAUAUUCAUAAAAAGACUUUUCUCAGAGCAUGGAAAUUGAAACCUAUUCAGGAGCAUAAAAAUGCCAGUAUUGCAGACAAAUUGAGAAAAGAAGGCAAUCGUCUUUUUAUCAACAAUGAACACAAUCAUCGCAUGCACUACCAAAUUCUUGAGCAUUACUGCAAGAGUUUAGCCUUUGCACCGAUGGGCUCCAAAGAAUUUAUUUUUGCUAAUGCUAAUCUGUCCGCGUUUUUAGUUCAUGUCAAAAAAUAUGAACAAUGUAUUGAUGUGAUUGACAGUACUUUGGGCAUGACAAGGAGCCUUAUUUUAAAGAUUAAGUUGCUGUGUCGUAAAAUGGAAUGUUUAAAACAACUUGGUUCACAUGACUACAAAAAAGUUUUGGAUGAAGCUAAAGAGAGUCUUACUAAGCUGGAUAAAGAUGAGCUUACCCAAGGAACAUACUACGUAUCAAAAUCAGAAAAAGCUUGCAAGUUAAUGAGUAUACUAAAUAGUAAUAAUUAUCAAAUUAAUGUAGCAAAAAGUGCUCAGUUUGAUCAAGAGGCAGAUGAUGUUGAAGCAGCUAUUUCAGUUAAUUACAAUGAUAAGUUUGGUACCCACUUGAUAGCAAAAAGAUCAUUUAAACCUGGAAAAAUAAUUUUUGUGGAUCAAGUUUAUGAUACUGUUUUAGAUGCCAAAAAAAAAUACACAAAUUGCAGCUACUGUUUCAAAAUACUUUGGAAAGCAAUACCUUGCAAUACAUGUAACAAUACCUUGUACUGCUCGACCAAUUGUCAAGAAGAAGCUUGGUCUAAAUACCAUGAUACAGAGUGUUCUUUGAUUCCACAAAUUUCACUUGUAGCCCCAGGUUUUAUAAAUUCUUAUCACUUGUGUGUACGGUUACUUGUAAAGGGCUUAAAAGAAACCAAAAAGAUAAGCAUAUUAAAAAACAAGGUUGAGCAUAUUUUAAAAGGUGAUGCUCAAGAUAAUAACAACAAAGCGAAAAAAUUUAUGAAAAACAACUUUGAAUCAGUUUAUUCAUUAAAAGUUUCUUUAAAUAAUAAUUUUACAUCAAGAAAUCAAUCUGAUGCUAUUUAUGUUGGUGUUUGGAUGGCUAUUAUAUGCUUUGUGAAGCAUUCUUUUCUACAUGAACAGAUACAAUUAAAAAGCCUGAAAAGUUUCAUGAUUAAUGAAGAUGUUAUUUUUUUGGCCAAAUUAUUAUUGAAUUUGUGCUCAAUAAAAGACCAAUAUGGACUCAAAUAUCAAGAAGUACAAAAUGGAUGGCUAUUGUGUGAUGAGUUUGAAAAAUACUCAGAAUCUUAUGUUGAUGACACUAAUGAAUCUUUUUGUAUGUCUCCAUUGACAAGUCUAAUCAAUCACUCCUGUCAACCAAAUGCUAUGUACACUUACUUAAACAAUAGAAAAAUAGCUGUGGUUGCUUUGGGAAGGAUUAAAAAAAAUUCUCAGAUAUUUAUUAACUACAUUCCACAAUUUUUCAAUCUUGAAGUAAAAUACAGGCAUGAAGAAUUAAAAAAAUUUAAUUUGAUUUGUGAUUGUACCAUUUGUGAAAUAAAUAUGCCUCAACUAGGUAUUCCAUGGAGACUUUACCCAUCGCAUUUAUAUUUCAUGGCUCAAACAAUACAGGAUAAAACAUUUAUGAAAAUUGUAGAAAAAUGUAAAAAUAUUUUUUGGGUUCUUACUGCAGGAGGAUAUUUGAACAGAGAUGCAAUACCUCUAUUAUCAAAAGCUAUCACUGAGGCAUCCAUAAGUCUACCACAGCCAAAUAUACUUUCCUAUUAUUUGCAAAAUUUGUUGCAAAAUAUAAUUCUACAUGUUCAUGGAAUAAAGUUUGAAAAAUUCUAUGAAAAUUGUAACACAGUACGCUCAUAG